GGUGCUCACACGAGCUGAUCUCAUCGCCGGCGACAUCACUCGGGAGACCGGCCGGGCGCGUGGCCCGUGCAGGCGAGGCGAGGAGGCGAGGCCAAGUUCCCCGUGCGCUCCUCAGCCCUCCCAGGCCCUCGCGCCCCCAGCAGGCACAGAGUAACCCCGGGCGGUGACCGUGAGUGCGCCCCGGUGGCCCUGCCCUGUCGGCCCAGGCUCCUGCCCUCCGAGCGCCAUCCCAUCCGUCAGUCGGUUCUGCGCAGCGCCACGAUGCCCGCCCCUCUGGAGACCACCUGCCUCUCAGACCUCGACUGCGCCAGCAGCAGCAGCGACCUGCCGGCUUUCCUCAGCGACGAGGAAGACUGUGCCAGGCUCCCGCCGCCAGCCUCCGCCUCGGGGUCGCCUGCGCCGGCCCGCAGGGGCGCAUCCGGGAACUCGGGCGCCUCCGACGCUCCCGGGGCGCAGGACGACGAGCAGGAGCGGCGGCGGCGCCGGGGCCGGGCGCGCGUGCGCUCAGAGGCGCUGCUGCACUCGCUGCGCAGGAGCCGGCGCGUCAAGGCCAACGACCGCGAGCGCAACCGCAUGCACAACCUGAACGCGGCGCUGGACGCCCUGCGCAGCGUGCUGCCCUCGUUCCCCGACGACACCAAGCUCACCAAGAUCGAGACGCUGCGCUUCGCCUACAACUACAUCUGGGCCCUCGCCGAGACCCUGCGCCUGGCAGAUCAAGCGCUGCCCGGGGGCGCCGCCCGGGAGCGCCUCCUGGCGCCGCAGUGCGCGCCCUGCCUGCCCCGGCCGCCAAGCCCCACCAGCGACGCCGAGUCCUGGGGCUCCGGGGCCGCCGCCUCCCCCUGCGCCGCGGCCGCGUCGCCACUCUCUGACCCCAGUAGCCCCGCCACCUCCGAAGACUUCGCCUACGGCCCGGGCGACCCCCUGUUCUCCUUCCCAGGCCUGCCCAAAGACUUGCUCCACACGACGCCCUGUUUCCUCCCUUACCACUAG